GCUUUUCUUUAUUUCACUUUUUUUUUUAAAAAAGAUAGCAUUCUGUCUUAAAAUAUUCCAGGACAAAAACAAUAAAUAUUUCCAUAAUAUCUACUUUAUUUUUAUCCUUCUCAUCUCUUUAUAGAUUACCUGAGAAAAUAGCCUAAGGCAGUGGUCCUCAAACUUUAGCAAGCCACAAAAUGCCCUGAAGUAUCUGUAUAAAGGCACGUGGCUGAGCCCCACCAAGUUCAGGGCAGGAAAAUUUGCAUUUCUAACAAGUUCUUGGAGGUGAGGCAGCAAUCCUGGUCCAGAGAUCACAGUUUGAGAACUGCUGUAGUUGUUUAACAAAGUCUAACUUGAGCGCCAUUCACAUCUUUUCAUGAUUUUAGUAAAGAGGCUGGUUUAAAACAAACUCCUAGACUUAAAAAGAAAACCCAACUUUUCCUAAACAUAUUUAAGCAUUUAUAAACUUCUUAAAGCAACUUCCCUAAUAUUUCCAUUCUUAUGACUUAGAUACCAAUAUUGGAAUUCAAAGUCAAAUUUCAAAGUCUUUUUUGCCUAAUGCCACAAUUGUUUUGUAUAUAUUUAUCUAAUAGAUAUAUUUCUCAGUAAAUUACAUUACCGAAAAUGAAAUAAUGCAACCCCCCCACCCCAAGAAAGACACAGUUAUUUUCAGAUUUCUUCAUUGGGAUUCCAUAACAUGAAAUGUGGGGAAAGGUCUGAAUUCCCGGAAGAUAUUACGUACUAAUUGGUGUUACGGUUUUGCCUUCUUUAUAGUUCAUGUUUUUCAAGUGUUUAUUCUAAAUCUUAUUUUGAAGUACUCUUGGCAGGUGUCACAUUGCAAAACCCCUUCAUUCACAGGAUCCACACUCCUCUAUGCUUCCUCUAGGAGGUAUUCCAUGAAUGAGUGAACUAAUUAAUCUAAGUUUAAAAGCAAUCCAGUAAUUCUGAAACUUCUAAGUAUUCAUACCAUGGUAAAUAGAUUUUAAAAAUUAGUUUUAGUUUUUUAAAUUGUGUACCGAAGAAGGAAAAGACAAAAAGUUUGAGUAUUUUCUCCGCAAGAGAUAGAUACGUUCCAUUCUGCUAUUUCCUGCUCCAGCUGUAGAAGGUGGCGUCACCCUAGCUCUCCCAUCUCCUGCCAGGGGCUCUGCUUCCUAUAAGUCGUCUGAUUCCUCACCUUCCACCUAACCAGUCACUGGUUUACUGUCUUCUGUAUUCAAAAUUAUAACAAAGAGUCCCAUUCCUGUGGAAAAGAAAAGUGUCUUUUACUCCAUGGAGUCUCUCUUUCUCCCUUUCAUUCAUCUGCAGAGACGCCUCUGCAGAAUUGUCUGCCUGUCACCAAAAUGCAGGCUGGAGAUACCCUGCCUCAUCCUCCUCUAGGCAUAGGUUGGUCAAGGUUAUUCUGAAUGCGAUCUUCCCGCUCACCGUCCCCCAACCCCCACUCCUUCUCUGACUGUACUUAUCCUAUCAGCUAACUUCUCACCCUUCCUCCCCCCAGAUACUCCAUAAUGCAUGCAGUUUUAGUCACCAUCCUAAAAAGCCUAAGGAACAGUCCUCUUCCUUCUGGAACUCUGUAACCCUGGAAAGGAGGUUGGAAGAAAACACUAUCUUAAGGAGUUGGGCUCUCACCGUUGUGACAUUGUACUGCGUCCUAUUAAGAGUGGGUGGAAUUGUUAAAGAGGUAAAUGCCUUGUCUUUCAGCAUCCCUGAUUAUUUUAGAAAUAUUCUUAUAGGGCUUUUUAACAUUAUCCUAAUCCUCUUUCACAGUGCUUAAUCAUCCAGGCCUCUCCUAAGAAUUAGGAGAAAAUUAGUAGGAAAUUCCUGCUGCAGUGCUUUGAGCAGAAAUGAUCAAUGUAGAGAGAAAGGGCUACCCUGAAUUCUAGUUAGACAAAAUUCAGCUAAAUGUGUAUGUUUAACUGCCCUGAGAAUAGAUGUGGAUAAGUGAGUUAAAACAAACUCAUUCUAACCCAAGAUAACUAAAGCCAUUGAAAUCAGACUCUCUUCAUUUUGCCAUCAAAACAGUUUCAUUUUUCCUUUAAGAAAAUGAGAAUUUUUUUCUCAUUUUCUACCAUUCUAGCUUUCUUUUGAGGUGAGUUUGUUACUUCUGACAAUUCCCAGUCUUCAGUAACACAUAACCUUUUCUUUAGUUCUCAUAGAUGUAAGAAGGUACCCCCAAGGAAAGGCUUGGGGCAUUUGUUCAAAGUGAAAACGAAUGUCUGAAAAUUAAGCACAGCCCAAGAUGUGAUUUCUUGGUCCACUUGGGGCUGCCUGGUCUAGUGGCAGUUAUAAUUUGAUUGAGCCGUGACUGCUGUUCUUUUUUCCAACACAGAAUUAGCCACUUCCUGAAUACCUGGUUAGCAGACAAAGCCUGAGAGGAGAGCAGUUAGGUGGUGACUGCCUGGUGGGAAAACACCUCCUGGGUCUCUUCAUCUCUCUCUCUCUGAAAUAAUGCACUAAGUUUCUUGCCCAUAUCAGCUAGAAUGUGAAACAGACAGCUGUUAGACCUAGAGUCAGUAUGCUUUUCAACAUUCACAAUAGGAUUUUAGAUGCAGCAAACACACAAAAAGUCAAAUUUGAAUAAAUAACAUAAGUGUAUUGUGUCUGUGUCCUUUUUUUGUGUGUUUGUUUACUCUGUGGCACCAAUUUGAGUCAGAUGGUACAAGCUCUGCGGACCUCGUGCCUGAUUCUCCAUACCCUUUUCUCCUGUUUCAGCUCUGUCCGCAGGUAGCAAAACCCUUCCUCAGAGUUCACCUUUAGUGCACAGAGACUGGAAUAAAUGUCCUGUGCAGGGGAAUUAAGCUAAAAAAUAAAAAGUAAAAUAAAUAAAUAAAAAUUAGCUCAUCAUAUUUUCCCACAAAUUUCAUUAAAAGAUGAUUAGAGUGGCUGCCUCUUUCUGUGUGGUUGCCUCGCUGAUGGAAGAAGGGAAAUCUGGACCUCCUGAUUCACAAUUCCUCUUCUUGCCCUGGCUUUACCCCAGGGUGGCCAGUUCUCAAGGUUUGAGUGGAGACUAUCAGAGGACCUGAAAGGGCAUCUUGCAAUGGAGGCAAAUGAGGCUGUAAGAAUGGUGCCUGGGAGAUUUGGAGGCCAGGGCACCUUGAGAAGACCUGACAGUCCCUUCUUUUAUAGUUCCCAAGCGAGUUCUGCUCUUUUCACGUCUACUUACUGCGCACCCCUGUGGCUGCCCCUCUGCGCUUCCUCGUCCCACCUCCCUAAAGGAGUAGAAGCCAAGGGAUAUGAGGAAUGCGCUCCACCCACAGAACACCGACACAUCGCCUCUAAACCGUAGCGUCUGAGUAGUAGGCAGCAGUCUCACAAGCACCCCAUUCUGUCCGCAAGAGGUUCUAGGCAGGCGUAAGGAGGAGGCAGGCGGGCUCGCACGCCGGAGCGCUCAGCCCAGAAUUAGUGGAUCUAUUUGGAAUCUCCCUGCCUCCUUGAAGCUCAUCCGCUGUCGCCGGAUUGUGUACAGACGGUAGCGUCCACCCAGCAAAGCUGCACUUUGGGCUGCGGACAUUCAGAGCCUGGCGCACCAGCCCCGCGUCUACGCACCAAGUCCCGCAGCUCCGAAAGGCAUGAACCCGAUCCAGAGGCGCCUGUCCAGCGCGCGGGGACCGCUCGGUGUUUGCCGCCCUCGGGAGCCGACCUCAAGCCCCUCCAGCCAUUUGUGAAACUAGAGGCUUGAAAUUCGCCAGCGCGGAGCCCCGCGAGAAAAAUUUCAAUGAGAAGAAAAGCCAGUGGAUCGUGGUCCUAGAAAAUCUGCUUAGAUGAUGUCUGUUUCCUGCGCUAUUAACACGUGGCCGAGCUGUAAGUAAAUGCUCAGCACUGCAUGAUGAAUUGGAUGGCUGCAGACCGGAGGCAAAAAAAAUAAUUGUCUCAUUUUCGUGGUGAUUUGCUUAACUGGUGGGACCAUGCCAGAACGGCUAUCGGCAAUGCUCUUGGAUCUCUGGACUCCAUUAAUAAUAUUAUGGAUUACUCUUCCCCCUUGCAUUUACAUGGCUCCGAUGAAUCAAUCUCCAGUUUUAAUGAGUGGAUCCCCUUUGGAACUAAAUAGGCUGAGUGAAGAACAGCGGAUUUUGAACCGCUCCAAAAGAGGCUGGGUUUGGAAUCAAAUGUUUGUCCUAGAAGAGUUUUCUGGACCUGAACCGAUCCUUGUUGGCCGGCUACACACAGACCUGGAUCCUGGGAGCAAAAAAAUCAAAUAUAUCCUAUCAGGUGAUGGAGCUGGGACAAUUUUUCAAAUAAAUGACGUAACAGGCGAUAUCCAUGCUAUCAAAAGACUUGACCGAGAGGAAAAAGCUGAGUACACCCUAACAGCUCAGGCAGUGGACUGGGAGACAAAUAAGCCUCUUGAGCCUCCGUCUGAAUUCAUUAUUAAAGUUCAAGACAUCAACGAUAAUGCACCAGAGUUUCUCAAUGGGCCCUAUCAUGCUACGGUGCCAGAGAUGUCCAUUUUGGGUACAUCUGUCACUAAUGUAACAGCCACCGAUGCUGAUGACCCAGUUUAUGGAAACAGUGCAAAGUUGGUUUAUAGUAUCUUGGAAGGACAGCCUUAUUUUUCCAUUGAGCCUGAAACAGCAAUUAUAAAAACUGCCCUUCCCAACAUGGACAGAGAAGCCAAGGAGGAGUACCUGGUCGUUAUCCAAGCCAAAGACAUGGGUGGACACUCUGGUGGCCUCUCUGGGACCACAACACUCACAGUGACCCUUACUGACGUUAAUGACAAUCCUCCAAAAUUUGCCCAGAGUCUGUAUCACUUCUCGGUACCAGAAGAUGUGGUUCUUGGCACUGCAAUAGGGAGGGUGAAGGCCAAUGAUCAGGAUAUUGGGGAAAAUGCACAGUCAUCCUACGACAUCAUUGAUGGAGAUGGAACAGCACUCUUUGAAAUCACUUCUGAUGCCCAGGCCCAGGAUGGUAUUAUACGCCUGAGAAAGCCCCUGGAUUUUGAGACCAAAAAAUCCUAUACGUUGAAGGUAGAAGCAGCCAAUGUCCACAUUGACCCACGUUUCAGCAGCCGGGGGCCCUUUAAAGACACGGCGACGGUCAAAAUUGUUGUCGAAGAUGCUGAUGAGCCUCCGGUCUUCUCCUCCCCGACUUACCUCCUUGAAGUUCAUGAAAAUGCUGCUCUAAACUCCGUGAUUGGGCAAGUGACCGCACGUGACCCUGACAUCACGUCCAGUCCUAUAAGGUUUUCCAUCGACCGGCACACUGACCUGGAGAGACAAUUCAACAUUAAUGCAGAUGAUGGGAAGAUAACCCUUGCAACACCCCUUGACAGAGAAUUAAGCGUAUGGCACAACAUAACCAUCAUCGCUACUGAAAUCAGGAACCACAGUCAGAUAUCCCGAGUACCUGUUGCUAUUAAAGUGCUGGAUGUCAAUGACAACGCCCCUGAAUUCGCAUCCGAAUAUGAGGCAUUUUUAUGUGAAAAUGGAAAACCCGGCCAAGUCAUUCAAACAGUGAGUGCCAUGGACAAAGAUGAUCCCAAAAAUGGACAUUAUUUCUUAUACAGUCUUCUUCCAGAAAUGGUCAACAACCCGAAUUUUACCAUCAAGAAAAAUGAAGAUAAUUCCCUCAGCAUUUUGGCAAAGCAUAAUGGAUUCAACCGCCAGAAGCAAGAAGUCUAUCUUUUGCCAAUCAUAAUCAGUGAUAGUGGGAAUCCUCCUCUGAGCAGCACCAGCACCCUGACCAUCCGGGUCUGUGGCUGCAGCAGUGAUGGUGUUGUCCAGUCUUGUAAUGUUGAAGCUUAUGUACUUCCAAUUGGACUCAGUAUGGGCGCCUUAAUUGCCAUAUUAGCAUGCAUCAUUUUGCUGCUAGUCAUCGUGGUGUUGUUUGUAACUCUGCGGCGACAUAAAAACGAGCCUUUAAUUAUCAAAGACGAUGAAGACGUGCGAGAAAACAUCAUUCGCUACGACGACGAAGGAGGAGGAGAAGAAGACACGGAGGCUUUUGACAUCGCAACUUUACAAAACCCAGAUGGAAUUAAUGGAUUUUUACCCCGUAAAGAUAUUAAGCCAGAUUUGCAGUUCAUGCCAAGGCAAGGGCUUGCUCCAGUUCCAAACGGUGUGGAUGUCGAUGAAUUCAUAAAUGUGCGGCUGCACGAAGCAGAUAAUGACCCCACAGCGCCGCCCUAUGACUCCAUUCAGAUUUAUGGCUAUGAGGGCCGGGGGUCUGUGGCUGGCUCCCUCAGCUCCUUGGAGUCGGCCACCUCAGACUCAGACCAGAAUUUUGACUACCUCAGUGACUGGGGUCCCCGCUUUAAGAGACUGGGUGAACUCUACUCUGUAGGUGAAAGUGACAAAGAAACUUGACAGAGGAGGAGAAAUCGAUCCAUGGGAACUGAGCAUUCUGUAAUAUUCUAGGGUCACUCCCCUUAGAUACAACCAAUGUGGCUAUUUGUUUUAGAGGCAAGUUUAGAACCAAUCAUCUAUAAACUCAACUGCAUUUUAAUGUCGAACCAAAAAAAUUAAUAAUAAAAAUUUUUACAAAGUAUAUGUUAGGAGGUUAUAAAUCUUGUGGAGUGUGAAUUAAAGUAUGUGGAGUGUCUAGAAGUCUUUGGAUAUUUGAUAUUUACCUGACCACCACAGACAAAGAUUGGGAUCCUGGCUAAUCCUUAGUGCAAUGGUUUAAAAAAGAGGAAAAAAUCAAAAUUAAAAAGGUGCUUUCUUAGAAAAACGGACCUGCAAGAAAUUUGCUGCUGAUAUGUGUCUUCUGCAAGGAUUUUUAUAAAUGCAAAUGGUUUUUCCCCUUCACCAGUAAGGAUCCCGCUACAAAUGAUAAAGCAAUACUUGGUCUGCUGUACAUUCUGACUUUUUGGAGUUUUGGGAGGCCUCCUAGAUUACACGGUACGGUGACCACACAUUGUACAUAAUUGUUGGCCCCACUCAUCAGAGACUGAAUAGCAUCUUUAAAUAUUGUGUCGAGCCUUAAAAUAUUCACAUGUUCGUAAUCCAUUCCAGGGCGAGGAAUGCCAGCUCAGUGGUGGGAGGAGAGAAAUCCCAUUCAAACAGGCUUGUUUUCUGGAAGCAGGAUGACUCAUUCCCUCCACUUCAUCUUCUCCCACAAGGACACAAAGAUAAACUGUAUCACACAGCGGACUACAUGAGAGACAGAUGGUUUUAUCGCUAGCGCGUGGAUUUAUUUGUUUAAUCCUCGAAAUAAAUAUUUUAUUGAUGUCCAUUAAUGCUUUUAUUUAUUAAGGUUGGUAAUCUAUAGAGUAAGGGACUAUAUGAAAAAAACUAAAUUAUAUCCAUUAAUAAUCCUUUAGAUUGUUUUAUAUAAAUAUAUAUACAAUGAAUGUUUAAUACAUGUACAUUUUGACGAGAUGAGUAUGGCAGGCAAUAUUAUCAAAAGGGAAGCCAAUAGUCUCUUUAGAGUAGAAAGUGUUAUUGUGACUGGUGAUGGCAGGAACAGCAUUUUCCCAGAGAAACUUUUGGACUGUUUUUUCUAUUUUGUUCAUAAUCCCUAGUAUUUGGUGUUUUUACUACAAGCACAAACAUCUGAAAGUAUAUUGACUCAUGUGAAUAUUUAAACUCUAGACUUUUAGAUACCUACAGAAUGCCCUGCCCAAUAAACAUGCUUCCGGCUUCCCCUCCCCACCCCUGUUUUAGAGCAGGAACUGAUUUGUAUAUAAUUUUACAGCUUCUGUUUCUAGUACUUCUCCCCAUCCAGUCUUCAUGGUGAUGCACAGAACGUCUUAGAUUCCAAAAGAGAACAGCACUAGAAGAUAUGAGCAUAUUCAAUUUUUAAUGCAAACCUGCCAUUUAGGAGUAGAAAAUGUAUGAUAAAACUCAAGUACUACAUGCAGAUCAUUUUAAUUUUCUACUUUGCUUUAAUGCAAUAUUGUUUAUUUACUUCAUGUAUUGUAUUCAGAGAAACUCCUGUAUCGUUUCCUACUUUGUGAAAUAUAUUUUUAUAAAUA